AUGACGGCACCGCCUGCCACACUGCCACCAUUGAUCACCAUGCCGUACGCGCCGCCCCCCAAUGUUGUUCCGGACUACUCAUCGCAAUACACUACUCAGGAACGACCACAGUACAACAAUUACAAUAACCAAGCUUCACGGAACUAUCCUGGUCCUGACUAUGGACCUGCUCCACAAGUGAUGACUUUUCCUGCAGUGGAGCCGCCGACAACACCCCCAACUGAUAGCGAUUUGGAGGACAAUGACGAAGCUUUCGAGUCAGACUGUACAGGCGAACUGAGCUGCACGAAUGGUCAGUUGAUUUCGGAGGAUAAGUGCAACAGUCUUCGAUUGAGGACGAUCAUUCAAAACAAUAUUGUUCCUAACGAUGCGGAAGCCUCGAAACGUGCUGUACAGUCCGCUGCGGAAUCUGAAACCGGACUAUUUUUCGACGCCGUCUGCGGCACCGCACACACGGACGAGUUCUGCUUGGCGACGGUGGGUGGAGUGAACUGCUACCUGUUCUCACCAGUAUGCGGAGAAGGUUCUCCGAUGACCUACUCGAAACAUCGAAAGAGCCGCAGAAAGCUUUACGUGAACAGAAACUGA